AUGGGGGCGCAUUGGCGCUCCAAGAGCCUGUGCUUCGGCGUGGACCAGCCCCCAGACUCCUACCGCCCACUGGACUUGGACGUCGAGUCCGACGAGGACUCCGACUCCGACGAGGAGGAAGAAGAUGCCUCCUCAGAGCCCGAGGACAUCGGGGAGCUUCUUGGUGACGCCCGUGGGUAA